AUGUCGGGCUAUCUAUCUAUCUAUCUAUCUAUCUAUCUAUCUAUCUAUCUAUCUAUCUAUCUAUCUAAUCUCGGUCGGGUCGUAUCUAACCAUCUGUUUGCCUCUCCAUUCUUCAUUUUUUUCUUCCUUUCUAUCAUUCGCUUUCUUUGUAAACAAUCUAUCUUCAUAUUACAUUAUCUAUCUAUCUAUCUAGAAUAUUUCAUUAUCUACCUACCUACCUAUCUAUCUAUCUAUCUAUCUAUCUAUCUAUCUAUCUAUCUAUCUAUCUAUCUAUCUAUCAAUAUACUGUGUAUCAAUCUCGCACGUCUCAUUAUCUAUCAUUCUAUCUAUUUAUGUAUCGAUCUAUGUAUCAUUGUCCAUUAUCUUUUUUGGUAUCAAUCUAUCUUGCAUAUUUCAUUAUCUAUCUAUCUAUCUAUCUAUCUACCGUGCAUAUUUUAUUAUGUAUCUAUCUGCCUUGCAUAUUUCAUUAUCUAUCUAACUUGCAUAUUUCAUUUCUAUCUAUCUAACUAUCUAUCUAUCUAUCUAUCUAUCUAUCUAUCUAUCUAUCUAUAUAUAUAUAUAUAUAUAUAUAUAUAUAUAUCUUGCAUAUUUCAUUAUCUAUCUGCCUUGCAUAUUGCAUUAUCUAUCUAUCUAUCUAUCUAUCUAUCUAUCUAUCUAUCUAUCUAUCUAUCUUGCACAUUUCAUUAUCUAUCUGCCUUGCAUAUUUCAUUAUCUAUCUAUCUAUCUAUCUAUCUAUCUAUAUAUAUAUAUAUAUAUAUAUAUAUAUAUAUAUAUAUAUAUAUAUAUAUCAUGCAUAUUUCAUCGAUCGAUCUACCUUGCAUAUUUCAUUAUCUAUUUAUCUAUCUAUCUAUCUACAUCGCAUAUUUCAUUAUCUAUCUAUAUAUCUAUGGAUCUAUAUACCUUGCAUGUUUCAUUACUUAUCUAUCUAUCUAUCUAUCUAUCUAUCUAUCUAUCUAUCUAUCUAUCUAUAGUCCUGGGUAUGUUUAUAUAGCUACUUCUAUCUAUCUAUCUAGCAUAUUUCCUUAUCUAUCUAUCUAUCUAUCUAUCUAUCUAUCUAUCUAUCUAUCUAUCCUAUCUAUCUAUCUAUCUAUCUAUCUAUCUAUCUAUCUAUCUAUCUAUCUAUCUAUCUAUCUAUCUAUCUAUCUAUCUUGCAUAUUUCCUUAUCUAUCUAUCUAUCUAUCUAUCUAUCUAUCUAUCUAUCUAUCUUGCAUAUUUCCUUAUCUAUCUAUCUAUCUAUCUAUCUUACAUAUUUCCUUAUCUAUCUAUCUAUCUAUCUAUCUAUCUAUCUAUCUAUCUAUCUAUCUAUCUAUAUUUCAUAUAUCCUUAUCUAUCUAUCUAUCUAUCUAUCUAUCUAUCUAUCUAUCUUGCAUAUUUCCUUAUCUAUCUAUCUAUCUAUCUAUCUAUCUAUCUUGCAUAUUUCCUUAUCUAUCUAUCUAUCUAUCUAUCUAUCUAUCUAUCUAUCUUGCAUAUUUCAUUAUCUAUCUAUCUAUCUUGUAUAUUUCAUUAUCUAUCUAUCUAUCUAUCUAUCUAUCUAUCUAUCUAUCUAUCUAUCUUGUAUAUUUCAUUAUCUAUCUAUCUAUCUAUCUAUCUAUCUAUCUAUCUAUCUAUCUAUCUAUCUUGUAUAUUUCAUUAUCUAUCUAUCUAUCUAUCUAUCUAUCUAUCUAUAGUCCUUACCGAUUCCACCGUAACCACGUUACUCUCUUUACCUCUCUAUAUCUCUUUAACUCUUCUCCCUUAUAUGUUAUUUCUUACUCUCUUUUAUUUUCUCCUUUUCUUCCCUUCUUUUCCAUUAAUUUUCAUUUUCUUUUGAAAGAAAGGUAG